AUAAAUAGCUCCUAUGUGAUACACAUUUAAAUGGGAAAUUUCAUAUUCAUGUGUUGAAAAAGUUAGCACAAAAAUCACCAUUGAACGCCAUUAUAUUAACAAUACUUAUAUUUGCUUAAGAACAUUGUACAUUUGAGUUUAAUGUCAGGUCCCAUUCAAAUUGCUAUCUAAUUGUCAGGCUGAGGCUUCAUAACACGAUUUUUAUGCUAAAGUUGUGCAACACAAUAAUAUUAGACUGAAGCACCACUUUCAUUUUGUAUAAAUAAAUAUUACUAAGGUAUGGCUCAUGAUAAAGCGAGAGUGAGACAAUGUACAUAAUCCUCUUAGAAGACUUCAGGUAUUAGGUAUUAUGCUGAUCCAUUGUGAAGACUUGCCCCGUGUCCUACAUAACCCGGCGGCUGUUGGCAACAGUUUGGACUUCUGUUUGUUCCACAACAACCAGCUGUGGAAAUCUGCUUUUGUAGAUUUAUGCAUCCCUGACUUUGCAAGACCCUGGUUCUUUGGCUGGUUUUCCAAGGAGUUGAGGAUGACAUGAAUCACACCACUGAAGUUUUAGAUUGUGUCACCCCAGGGUCUGCUGGGGAGAGAGCUGGACUUGUCCUCGGCCAAAGCCCAUUUAUGCAGCUUAAUUCUCCAUAGCCAGUAACAUCACUGCUUCGGAGGAAAAUGUAUUGUACAAGAAGGAAGCGACUGCAGCUGAGCCGGGUCCUGUUUCUCCUCUCCGGGGUUUUUCUCUGUACCCUCUACCAGCUGACCAUCAGUGCCAGACUGUACGAGCCUUUGCCAAUGCCUCAAAUUGCAGAGGAUUUUGGAGAAGGUUCAACAGAGGGUCUCGAGGAGACGACAGUAGAGACUCAGGGGCUGGAGGAGCCACUCACUGCAACAAAUGAAUUAGAGCCCACAGAUCAAACGACUAAAGAGAUGCACGUGGUGCAUCAUCUGGAAACAACUACAGUUUUGAAAGCAUCUGCCCCCACUGAAUCUCCACUGUUACCAACAACAAACAGGACUAUUGUUCAUUGCAUCUAUGUGGCCCCUGAGCCUCCACAGGAGACACCCACGCCAACUCCAGCUCCUCCUGUGACCACCGUCACCCCAGCUUCUCCUGGUGAAGCUCCACACAUGAAGGGUGAAUACCCUGUAGAUAUCUUUUCUGUUGAAGACCGUAGACGAGGCUGGGUGAUCCUCCACAUUUUUGGCAUGAUGUACAUGUUCAUUGCACUUGCAAUAGUGUGUGACGAGUUCUUCGUUCCUGCACUGGGGGUUAUCACAGACAAGUUAGCCAUCUCUGAUGAUGUAGCAGGAGCCACCUUCAUGGCUGCCGGAGGUUCUGCUCCUGAACUUUUCACCUCAUUGAUUGGAGUCUUCAUCGCCCACAGCAAUGUGGGGAUCGGCACAAUCGUUGGUUCAGCGGUUUUCAACAUUUUGUUUGUGAUUGGAAUGUGCGCUUUGUUUUCACGGGAGGUGCUUCAUAUAACCUGGUGGCCACUUUUUAGAGACGUAUCUUUCUACAUACUUGGCCUCAUCUUUCUCAUCAUCUUUUUCUUGGAUAAUGUCAUAAUGUGGUGGGAGAGCAUGAUGCUGGUGGCUUGCUACACUUGCUACGUGACUUUCAUGAAGUUUAAUGUGCAAAUAGAGCGGACAUUCAAAACCCUAAUCCUCAAAAACAAGAACAUUGUCAGAAUUAUUACAGUGGAUGAACCUGAAAAGAAGAAUGGGGACGCUGAAGGUAAAGCCCCUUCUGAUCCGGAGGACAAGAAUCGGUUAAAGUUGAAGCCAUCCCUUCAGCGAGGGGGCAGCUCAGCCUCUUUACAUAACAGCACCAUGAGAAACACCAUCUUCCAACUCAUGAUACACACAUUAGACCCUCUGGGAGAGGGAAAAUUUAAGGAUAAGGCUGAGACUCUGAAUAAUGUGGCUAGACGGACGGCAGAGAGCAAAACUCCAGACAAAAGUGAAGUUGCUGGAGGAAAAACUGAGCCAACCAAAGAGCCAGAGGCCCCUCCAGCCCCAGAGGAGAAGAAGAAGGAGCAACCAGAGGACAAGAAGGAGGAUGUGCCAGCCGGAGACGACGAGCCAGAAGGUUCUGGCAGUGAUGACGAUGACGGUGACGAAGAUGUCAGCGAUGAGGUUAGCGAUGAGUCCAGUGAAGAAGAAGAUGAUGAGGAAGAGGAGGAUGAAGAAGAGGAGGAAAAAGAAGAACCUCUUUCUUUAGAGUGGCCUGAAACACCACGUAAACAAGCCACAUACGUCUUCCUGCUCCCCAUAAUCUUCCCUCUGUGGCUCACAGUGCCAGAUGUUAGAAACCCGAAUUCCAGAAAAUUCUUUGCAGUCACAUUUCUGGGCUCUAUUCUGUGGAUUGGUAUUUUUUCGUACCUCAUGGUGUGGUGGGCCCAUCAGGUGGGUGAGACCAUCGGCAUCUCGGAGGAGAUUAUGGGCCUGACUAUCCUGGCUGCAGGAACGUCCAUCCCUGACCUCAUUACCAGUGUGAUUGUGGCUCGUAAAGGCCUGGGGGACAUGGCUGUGUCCAGCUCUGUGGGCAGUAACAUCUUCGACAUCACAGUGGGCCUUCCAGUGCCAUGGCUCCUGUACUCGUCCUUCCACGGUUUUGGUCCAGUGCCCGUCAGCAGCAACGGGCUCUUCUGUGCCAUCGUGCUGCUAUUCAUCAUGCUCCUCUUCGUCAUCAUCUCCAUUGCAUACUGUAAGUGGAAGAUGAAUAAGCUGCUGGGUUCCACCAUGUUCCUGCUGUACUUUAUCUUCCUGGUGCUUAGUGUGAUGCUGGAGGAUCGCAUCAUCGUCUGCCCUGUUUCCAUCUGAACAUGUGAGCAGAAGUCGUCUCUACAGCAAGCGUUGUCUUCACCAGUGACCUGAAGUACCCACACAAGUACAGGUCUGGAUAUCUGUAGAAACUGUGCAGGAAGCUGCUGUAGUUGCUCUGCAUGAGUCCAGUGUGUCAGCAACUACACACACACUACAACAUUUUCUAGAACUUGUUACAUACUCACUUUUAGUAACAAUGGCAGCUUUUACACACUUUUUUCAUUCAAGUUGCAGGUUUCCUGACUAAUAUAGUGUAGGUAAGUGUAUUAAGUGAACACCAACAGGGAUAUUAACAUUUUUUUAUGGUUUACAAAACAGCAUCUACAGAAUAUAAUUAGAAAUCUAGAAUAAGUUCUCAUUUUGGAAAAUGUACAAGAUUUCUAAAUGUGAAUUUUGUAUAUUAUGUAACUAUACACUUCAAAACAUGUUUUAUAAAAUUCAUCAUAGAGAAUCUGAGCUUGCUUGAACUGAUUUUUCAAUCAUGUGUUUUUUUCUGUUUCAUUUGUUUUUAAAAGCUCAGGUAUAGAGUCUGUCAGAGAAAGUUUGAAAAAAUAAUGACUUGACAUUUGUAGAAUAAACAUGUUUAUUCAUAAAUGAAAGCAAACUAUAGAUCCAGCCAGGGAAGAAAUUUGAUUUCUUUUUUAUAUAAAAAUCAUACAAAUUAGUAUCUGUGUUACAAAUGAUAAAUAAUACUUCAUAAACAUUGUUUAAAUUGACAAAUUGUGUAAACAACAUGUACACAUCAAAUGAUGUUUUGGUCAUCUGUGGGUUUUUUUUUGUUUUUGUAACAACUUACAAGGUGAUUAAAAUGCAAAUGUACAUGCUGUGAUAUUGGUGUUUGUACCAAGCACACAGUCUUGUCUAAUCCAGCAUCGUAUCGUCAUAAGUUAUUGUGGUGAAGUCCAGUAAUAAGCUGCAGAGCUGUGAGUGCAGAGCUGCAUCGCACGACUACUAACAGCAUCUAGGCAGGGUUUUGUCAGUUAAAAGUGAAAGACAGUAUUAAACACAGUGAAUCAUCACA